AUGGCAGUCCCAGCAGCCCUGGCAGGGCUCCAGGCAGAAGCCAACUGUCCCGUCUGUCUGGAUUACCUCAGAGACCCCGUCACCACCGAAUGUGGACACAACUUCUGUCGCUGCUGCAUCCAGCAGUCCUGGGCUGAUCUCAAGGACAGGUUCCCAUGCCCUGUGUGCCGUCACGCGUGCCAGGAGAGGCACUUGAGGAGCAACACCCAGCUGGGAAGGAUGAUUGACAUUGCCAAGCUCCUCCAUGUCACUACCACCAAGAAGAGGAAGCUGGAAGAGGAACAUCUGUGUGAGAAGCACAACCAGGUCCUGACCCUCUUUUGUGAGGAGGACCUUGAGGUGUUGUGUCCCACGUGCACACAGCCCCCUGACCACCAGGGCCACUUGGUGAGGCCCGUGGAGGAGGCCGCCUCUCAUCACAGGCAGAGGCUCAGCCAUUACAUCAGGCAGCUGAAGAGGCAGGUGGCAGAUGUUCAGAAACUAGUAGCCACCCAAGAUCGAAAACUCUUAGAACUGAGAGAGAUGGUGCAGUACCAGAGUCAGAAAUUAACCUCUGAGUUUGAGCACCUGAACGAAUGUAUAGACCGUGAGCAAGAGGCUGUUCUGGCACGGCUAGCGGAAGAAGAGAGAGACAUUCAGCAAAAACUCUGUGUGAACAUCACCACCCUUUCAGACCAUGUUUUCACUGUCCGACGCCUCCUAAACCAGGUGGCAGAGAGGAGUGUGAUGUCGGAGGUGAAGCUGCUGACAGGUGUCAGGAGGAUCCAGGACAGGUGUGCAGGCCUAAAGCCCCCAGCUCUCUAUUCUUUCCAGUUAAGGACUGAAGGAUGUAGUCUCCCUCCACAGUACUUGGCUCUGCAGAAAGUUAUACAGAAGUUUAGACAAGAGGUUACUCUGGAUCCUGAGACUGCACACCCGAAUCUGCUUGUCUCUGAGGAUAAAAAGUCAGUGACAUUUGUGAGGAGAAAGCCAGGCAUUCCUCAGAAUCCAAAGAGAUUUCUGGUCGUGCUGGGAUCCCAGGGCUUCGAUGGUGGCCGACAUUACUGGGAGGUGCAGGUCGGUAACAAGCGGGAGUGGGCAGUGGGGCUCUGUAAGGACCCCCUUUCCAAAAAGGGCAAGCGGCCCCCUUCAGGAGGGCACAGUUGCUGGACAAUUCGGCUGCAGGACGGUGGCUAUGUCGCACAAGGGGCCGCUCCUGUCACUCUUGCACUGAAGGAAAAGCCCAAAGGGGUUGGCAUUUAUCUGGACUAUGAGUUGGGGGAAAUUUCCUUUUACAGUUUGAACGACAGGUCUCAUAUCCAUUCUUUUAUGGAUACAUUUUCUGAAGUGCUGAAGCCUUACUUCUGUGUGGGGCAUGACUCCAAACCUCUCACGAUCUGUGCAGUGAGGGAUUAUGAACUGUGA